AGCCGAAGCUGUGUCGAACGUCAGCAAAUACAUCAGCGAAGAGGUCCUUAGGAAGAGCUCAGCGAUGACAUUGGCAAAAUAUAACGAUAUAUUUGCAAAAUAACAUGAAAGGGUUAUUAUGUCUUAAUAUCUUUUAAACGGUCUCAUGUCAGUAGGUAUGUACAGCAAACAGUGGCGAUGCAUGCAGUCAUUAAAAGCCCAGCUAAAGGGCUUGCUAAGGAAGCGGUAUCUACUCCACAUCAUUGCUUAUAAUCGCAAUGUUUAGUGUCAGUGAUAACUCUUUUAAUCAAACUGGUAUAAUUAGUUCUGUGUUUUUGGCCUAUGAAUAAGAGAAUCCGCCGAUGCGAUACCUUGCUGUUAGUAAAUCUGCUAAUGUUAUUACUAUUAGCUUAGCUCACUGUGCUGCAGAUAUCAUGAGAAUAUGAGUAUGUAUAGAGUUGAAUAUAAAAUAAUUGAAUAAGAAGAGUGUAGAUACAGUAUUUAAAUUAGUGUCAGGUUACUGAUUUGGCUGUGUUUCCAGAAUAAUACGUUUAUUUAUUCAUCAUUUAAACAUUGCCCAGUCCAUAUUUAUAGGCUAUGCAAUAUGUGCUUUAUUUCAGUGUGUUUUGGUUUUCUGCAGUCACUUUCAACACUAUGGUGGCAAGGAAAUGUGAAACUGUUGGGGUUGAAAGUUAAGGAAUGUUGAGGAUUGACAGCAAUUUAUCAGCACAGUACAUUGAAUAGUAAGAAUGGAGUAUUAUAAGUCACUGAUCUGUUGAUUUUCUGUUGUCCCUCCAGGUGUCCAUUGAGCUUCUUUUAAGAUGUCUAUGGUCCUGUUUGCCUCUGUGGUGAGAGUGAGGGACGGUCUGCCCUUAUCUGCCUCCACGGACCAUGAACAGGAUAAAGGACUUCAGGAGGCUAAGAAACAUCUCAAGGGUCUAUCCAAAAAACUCAGCCAGUUUCCAGAUCGCUGCUCACUCAGAUCCGGCCUAUACAGCAUCAAUUUCACAAGCUCUCUUGGAGUUGGCUAUUUGAUGGUUUGCACGGAAAACUAUCCCAAUGUCCUGGCCUUCAGCUUUCUGGAUGAACUUCAGAGAGAAUUCAUUGUCACGUAUGACACCAAGCGGAUCAACAGCGCUUUGAGGCCUUUCUCCUUCAUUGAGUUUGAUAACUUUAUCCGGAAAACCAAGCAACGUUACAAUAGUCCACGUUCCCUCUCCACCAAGAUUAAUCUGGCCGACAUGCAGACUGAGAUCAAGCUCCGGCCUCCUUAUCAGCUCUCCCCGGAGGAUAUUGGAUCAAUCAACGGCUUCUCACAACAAAAGCAGUCUAAAUAUAACGGCAUAGCUUCUAAUCAAAUGCUGGAGCCUGUUACACUGCCUGGUAUCGUUGCCUGCGUUCUAAGUGUCCUGUGCGGCGCUCUCAAUUUGCUGCGGGGAGUCCAUGCAAUAGAAAGCAUAUUACAAAAUGACGAUGAAGACUUUAAUUACGUAAUUGCUUUUUUCCUGGGGACUGCGGCCUGUUUGUAUCAGUGUUACCUGUUUGCCUACUUCUCAGUAUGGAGGAACAUCAAGUCAUUCCUGGCCUUUGCCAUGAUCUGCCUGUGUAACAUGUAUCUGUAUGAACUACGUAACAUAUGGCAGAUCCUCUUCCACAUGACGGUGGGAGCGUUCAUCACACUGCAGAUCCACCUGAGACAACCGCAGGGCAAAGCACCUGACUAUAAUGUUUGACCUCCCUUAAUCUGUUUAAAGACUUCAGAACAUAGCCCAACACAGUUAUACACUGUUAUCCACAACUCAAAGUUUGAAGGAUUGUGGAGCAGGGUUUCACAUAUUGGUUGCUGAGUUAUGAUAUUGUUCAAGUGACACGUUUUGUGUUUUAAUGUUUUCAUCAGUUGUUUUGCUGCGAUUUGAGGUGAGAGAUGAAAAAGAAAAGAAUCUAAAGAAAAGAUCAUAACAGAGACUUUAUCGGCACUCAUGAUUAGAUUCAUGCUUGAAAUAUCAAAGUUAAUUAUUAGCAAAUAAUUCAGAUAUUAUCAGAGAUUUGCUUUUAAAUUGGGCUUAAGAUGUCAUUUUAAAGUAUUUACACAUUGUACGAUUGUUUCUGUAUUUUAAUUGUUGAAGCCAAUGCAUAUGCAGAGAAAGAUUUGUUUUUUUGCUUUAUUUUGCCAUUUGCUUUCACACAGAGUCACUGUGUUGUCAUGGUCAUUAGUCCGACGUCUUUGCCUGAAAUCAUAAUCAGACCUGUUAUUUAUCAGUCUUGUCAAUGCUGCCUGCAUGUGUGUACAUGCAAAUGAAUGCUGUCAGCUCUGAGGGGAAAGGAAUCACACUAAUAUACAGACUCCUUUAUUGCCCAAAAGUCACAAUGAGUGUCUGCUGCCUAUUGUCAAUGGGUCUGUUUACUAUAGAGCAGAAUUUUUAUACCUUGCAACUGUAUGUAUGUAUGAGUUCUGUUUCUAUUCACCUGGUUGGUUUUGCAUUUUGUUUUCACAGUGGAAAUAACAGGUUGUACAGAUUGAUAGAUUAUGGGCCAAAUGUUUCAAAAUUCCUCAAGCUGUACACACAUUUUAUUUUUCAAAAAGUGUCAGUGAUGAUUAAAGGUUGAAUUACGCAUCUUUGCAUUGCAAAGAGAGCAUGCCGGACAUCUUUCUCCAAAAAUUGCUCGCUCUCUUUCUUUCCCUCAAUAUGUAGUGUGUGUUCUCAAAGUGAGGCCCUGUUCUAAAACCGACAGUAAAAAUCUUGAAUUUGUAUGAA